UUUGAAGUAUUUUUUUUUCUCUUUAAGAUCACUGGGGUUUCUAUCCUGAGAGCCGGGGAGACCAUGGAGCAGGCCCUGACUGCCGUCUGUAAAGACAUCCGGCUUGGAAAGAUCCUCAUUCAGACCAACCACGACACAGGAGAACCUGAGCUUCACUACCUUCGUCUGCCGAAGGAGAUCAGCGAAGAUUACGUCAUCCUGAUGGACAGCACCGUCUCCACUGGGGCUGCUGCUCUCAUGGCCGUCAGAGUUCUGCUGGACCACGAUGUGCCCGAGGAUAAGAUCUUCCUGCUCUCGCUGCUCAUGGCAGAAAUGGGCGUCCACUCUGUUGCCUACGCUUUCCCCAAAGUCCGCAUCAUCACCACCGCUGUGGAUAAGGAGGUGAACGACCAGUUCCACAUCAUUCCAGGAAUCGGUAACUUUGGGGAUCGUUACUUCGGGACUGACGCUCCAUCAGAUGUCUGUGAAAGCGAUGAAGGGAUGGAUUUCUGAAGAGGGAACAAAUGGCAUAAUGUUACAGGAGCGCUUCGCUGUGGAAGCAGCAACCAAC